CAAAUUGAAGGAACAAUCACCACUCUCUGAAAAAGCUCCUCCUUCGUUUCUCAUCUCAAAAACACUCUUCACUUCUUCCACCACUAAUGGAUUCAUCAUCUUCACCGCUUCCCAUCAUCACCACCGUUAAACCAAUCCAAAACCCUCUUCCUCUCACCCCCAUCGAAUCCCCAUCACCAUCCCCAUCACCUUCUCCUCUGAAGAAAUCAAGAACACGCCUAUCCGACCGUCUUGAAAUGGCUACCGACGAGUCUCCGGAACCAUCCGCAGUAAAACGCCGUGGCAGAACCAGAACCACUCAAAUCAACAAUGCUAGAAAACCAAGGAAACCAAGAUCAUCCGAAGCUGAGAUUCGAGAAGAGAAUAAUAAAGAUGCUGUUGCUGUAACUGGAUUGAUUGAAGAAAUUGGAAAACCUAGAAAGAGAAAAGGUCGACCUAAGAAGGAAAAACCUAAUUUGGUUCAACCUUCAAUCUCAUCUCCAAGAAUUGAAGAAGAGAAUGGAGUUGAUUUCGACCGAAUUGGGCAGCUGGUGAGUGAUUUGGUUAUGUGGAAAGAUGUUUCCAAAUCAACAUUUUGGUUUGGGAUUGGUUCUCUUUGUCUCUUAUCUUCAUGCUUUUCUCAAGGUUUCAAUUUUAGCAUUGUAUCGGCCGUGUCACAAUUGGCGAUUCUCAUUUUGGGUGUUUCGUUUUUGUCAAAUUCAAUUUCUCAAAGUGAAACUGUUGAAGAGAAGUGUUAUGUCAAGCUUAAAGAAGAUGAUGUUUUGCGUCUUGCAAGAUUGAUUCUCCCCGCUUUAAAUUUUGCAAUUUCAAAGACUAGAGUUCUGUUUUCAGGAGAACCCUCAAUGACCCUUAAAGUAAUUCCUUUCCUUCUACUAGGAGCUGAGUUUGGCCACUUAAUUACAAUCAGAAGGCUAUGUGCCAUUGGUUUUUUUGUCAGCUUCACUGUCCCAAAACUUUAUUCUUGCUACACUAGUCAGAUAGACAAGAGAGCUGAAGGUUUGAAAUUAUUGCUGUUGGAUACAUGGUGUGCUUGCACUCACAAGAAGAAAGUGAUGGCAUUCAUACUCUUGACAUUCUGGAAUCUAUCUUCAAUCAAAACUCGAAUCUUUACAGCUUUUAUGUUGCUGGUAUUAUUCAGAUACUUAAAGCAACAUGUUGUGCAGCAAUUACAAGAUGGAGAAGCACAAGUAGGUGGUGAGAAGGAACAACAAAAAGAAUCAGUGGUGGCGGCGGAAACAGAAGAAAAGGAAACUCAACUAGCAUUAGUGGUACUUAACUCAGAUUCAAAAAAGGAGAGUUAAUAUGAGUUGGUGGUUCGAUCACAAGGCAGCGGUACGGAGUGAGAGAAUAUGUCUUUUGUUCCCGAUGAAUUCCUCUUGCAUGAGGAGAAAAUAUUAUUGUUGGUAUACGAGAUAAAAUCCAUCUCGUGUGUGUAAUAUACCGACAUUGAUUAGUCAUGGCUAAGCAAUUUUAGAUAUAUAAAAGAAAUCUGGAAUGAGAGUUAUAAGAGUUCUGUUUACAGUGAAAAUGAUUACA